UUGCGGAAGUCGCUGGGAUUAGAACGUUGUGUAUCUUUUUGGUAGAUAGUAGUCCCUGAUGCCUUUCCGUGUUCUGUGGAAUACCACUGAAGAGCACGUGGAGUUCUGCGGACGGAAUGUCGGGGAAUAACAACGCAUUAUAGACCCGCAUUAUAGAAUAACCAUUAUAGACUAAUGUCUGCAGUGAAAUUCCGCCCGCUUUCCCCGUCCUGGCAGGAUCUACGAGAAGAGAGCCAUGCAGGUGAAUGAAUCCGUUUCCGCCAAAGACGAAGCGUAAAGGCGGUCUUUCUCGGAAUGAGUGAAGCUCAGGGAAGCCUGUGGUGACAACGCGGGUCGCCGUUAGCUAAGUCCGGCUGGAAUCUAUCUUCGGAUCGAUGCCUGAUUUGGGCAAGAGAAAAUGGAUGGAUGAAGGUCGUUUCUCGAGACACCAGGAAUCUUGCCUUCAGUGAUGGAUCAUGGAUGCAGUCCCAGCACGCCUUAGAUUAGGUUCUAUCAAAGGAGAGAUACCUGUGUUGUCAUGCCGAAGGCUAGGCGGGGUUAGCCUUUUCAUGCAGUGAUGCAACCUUCGUUGUUAGAUUUGUUUUUAAGCUCCGCGUUACGGUUGUUCCCAAGUUUGAUCUUGUAUGUUUCCCGAAGGGCUGAGCGUCCGUGUUAUUCAGGCAGUAUUCUUCGUUCCCUCCCUGACAUCUCCUCUCCACCACGACUAUGAUCGCCUGCUAUUGCGCUGUCCGGAUUUUCCUUUCUAAUGUCAGGAUUCUCAGUGUGAGAAAGUCGCUGCGUUUGGUAAGGAAAUGGGGUGGGCAGCCUGCCAGGACCUCAUCCAGAGGUGUGCAAAGCUGGUUCCAGUGCAGAUCCCUGGCAAAAGUCACUUUAAUGUGCUGGGGGACUGGAGGGCUGGCUCUGGGUGUCAAAUGUGAAAGUGUAUCAAGAGGAGGAGCUCAAAUAAAAGUAGAUGUGCCCAUGAACCAAGGGAGAUCUUUUACUUCUUUCCUCCAGCUUAUCGUGUUAGCCUUUUCACUUGUCUUCCGAGCCUGUGUUCUCUUGCUGAAGUUUGGCCCUUUGUUCUUGGUCUACCCCUUCACCUACUUGUCUUCAGAUUUUGCGUCUCUUUGGCUCUGUUUUCUGCUCAAAGUUGUGGAGUCCUCUGGCCCAACUUGCAUCAAACUCGGCCAGUGGACAAGCACCAGGAGAGAUCUUUUCUCAGAUGAGUUCUGCACCAAAUUCUCCAAGCUUCAUGUCAAGGUGGCCCCUCAUCCUUGGAAUUACACUCAACAUUCUUUGUGGGAAGCAUUUGGGGAAGGUUGGGAGAAAGUCUUUGUCUUUGAAGGCCAUGAGCCCGUUGGGUCUGGUUGUGUGGCUCAGGUGUAUAAAGCUUAUGUGGACCUCUCUGCCUUUGGAGCACCAGUGCUAAAGGAAUUCUCCAAGAAAUCUGUUUUGGAUUCUGCCUUGGAAGCUUGGCGUGUGUCUGGUCUUAGUGGACUCUUCCAGUGGCUUUGGAAGAGGAAGCACGGAGAGGUUUCAGAAGACCAUCCGUUGCUUCAUGGAGAUAGUUUCCAUCAAGGUGUUCACUGGAAUUCUGUGUUGGGAGAGCAAAUGCCUGAAUAUCCAAGCAUGCCUUUAUCUUCCUCCAAGAGGAACCAUCUUAUUCCAGUAGCCAUUAAAGUUCUGCAUCCUGGAUUAGUUCAUCAGGUCCAAAUGGAUCUCUUUCUGAUGAAGAACAUCAGCCGAUUUAUUGAACUUUUCCCAGGACUCAAGUGGCUGAGUCUGACGGAGAUUGUGGAGGAAUUUGAGAAACUCAUGAUUCAGCAGAUCGACUUGCGGUAUGAAGCGAGGAACCUGGAACGCUUCCGUCGAAACUUCUGUGAUGUGGAUUAUGUGAAGUUCCCCAUUCCACUUCGCCCUUUGGUAACGAGAAACAUCCUAGUGGAGACGUUUGAGGGCAGGGGAAAUGUUCCCGAAAAGCUUGUCAGGAAGGUUUCAGAGAGCCUUCCUUAUUUCAUGUUGUCUCUGUUCAAGGAGAGUGAACCAAUCUCCCAGUAUCUGCACACUGAAACCGUGAUGGAGCUGCGGCAGAAAAUUGCCAAGAUGGGUAUGGACAUGCUUCUAAAGAUGGUGUUCGUUGACAACUUUGUCCAUGCUGAUCUGCACCCUGGGAACAUCCUGGUCCAGGGAGCAAAGCAGUUAAGUGACAGACUUGAGGAUCUGACUACCGUUACAGACCUGUUUGACACUCUCAUUUUGGAGCUGCAGCCACCACACUCUUCACUCCGCCUGGUGCUUCUGGACGCAGGCAUUGUAGCCGAGCUGCAGGGUGCUGAUCUUGAGAACUUCCGGGCAGUGUUCACAGCUGUAGUAUUAGGGCAGGGGGAGAGAGUGGCAGAGCUAAUCCUCCAUCACGCCAGAGCAAACCGGUGCAAGGAUGUGGAGAGAUUUAAAGCGGAAAUGGCCGAUCUGGUCACAAAGGCCAGGAGCAAUACAAUUGCACUGGGAAAGAUCCAAGUAGCAAGCCUGCUGUCCAGUGUUUUCAAGUUACUGAUGACCCAUCAGGUAAAGCUGGAGAGUAACUUUGCCUCCGUCGUCUUUGCCAUUAUGGUUUUAGAAGGCCUUGGCCGCUCGCUCGACCCUGAACUGGAUAUCCUGAAGGCGGCCAAACCUCUUCUCAUCAAACCUCCAAAUUCCCUCCUGACGUAGUAAAAGGGACUAGUCAGGCUGGCCUUUGUGGGGCUUUUUCCGUAAAAGAGCUGCCCACAAGCUGCCUGCUAGAUGUAGGAGUUGGAAAUAGCGUGAAUGUUUGAAUGAUUCGAACAGAUAAUAUUAAGGGGCUAAAACUUUCCCAUUUGGAACCUGAUAUUUGAAUGCAGUCCCUUAUAGGCAUUCCCAUCAAACCCAAGGUGUCGUUGGACUACAACUUCCAUCAUCCCCAGCCACAAGGGUGAUGCGAGUUGUAGUCCAACAACAUCUGGUGAUCCAAAGUUCGGAACCUAGGGCAGGGCUGUUUAACUUUGGCCCUCCUGCAGAUGUUGGCCUACAACUACCAUAAUCCCUUUGUAUUGGCCACUGUGGUUGGGGAUCAUUGGAGUUGUAGUCCAAAAAACAUCUGGGGGCCCCAAGUUGAGCAGGCCUAUCUUAGGAGAUGUUUUACAUUAGUCUAAAGGAAUUUUUUCAAUACCAUGGGCUAUAUGAGAAACCUCCAGUGAUAUUAUUGUGGGUUAGGUUGCCGGAUAUAUUUGCGUUAAUGACCAGUCCUAUUAGGACAGUUGACUCUUCCAGUCUACUGAGAGAAGCAAAGACCCCUUAUACUGCCAAUCAUAACGGAAACAUUCAAAGUUUACAAUAGCAGCACUUAGCCCAUGGCUGCAUAACGCAGCCCCCCAGCUGUUAGACUACAACUCCCAUCAUCCCUGACUAUUGGCCACUGUGGGUGGGGAUGAUGGGCACUGUGGCCCAACAACAGUGCUGAAGUUGUACAGCCCUGACAUAUAUCCUUUCCUUCUCUAAGCUAAACCUUAAGAAAUGUAUGUUUUGGAGGGAGUGGGCAAGGGUAGCCUAUGUAUCGGACUGUAUUUCUGUAAUACAAGCAUUCAGUUAAUAUUGGUAUGAUGCAUUAUAAGUCAUUCAUUCAUUCGAUUUCUAUACUGCCCUUCCAAAAAUGGCUCAGGGUGGUUUACACAGAGAAAUAAUACAUAAAAUAAGAUGGCUCCCUGUCCCCAAAGGGCUCACAAUCUAGAAAGAAACAUCAGAUAGACACCAGCAACAGUCAUUGGCGGUUCUGUGCUGGGGGUGGAUAGGGCCAGUUACUCUCGCCCUGCUCAAUAAAGAGAAUCACCACGUGCCUCUUUGCCAACCAUCGAUUCCCUCCCCCCGCCCCCAAGUUUUUGAUUUUAGAAAUUGGUGGGCUGUCUUUAUUUCAGAGUCCUCUUCCUCUUGGGUAAAUAUAGGCAUAACCUGGAUUUAAGCUGUAUUUUUAAGGGGGUCAUCUAUUUGUGUAAAUAUGGUAGCUGGGUGGACCAAUGGUCUGAUUCAGUAAAAGGCAGCAUCCAUUAUAACCUAUGCUGUUGCCAUUGGCAGCAACAUGCCUAGCAGAGAGGUGGCCUAUGACAGGGCAUCACACUUAGGAUCCUGCAACAGCUAGAGCCAGCCCUGUUGGUCAAUGUCUCUUUCUGAUACUGAGACUGAGCAUUGCAGACUUAAACCCCAUUCGCACAGGGCUAGCGGCAUAGGAACUAUUUCCGCAUGGUGAAAUCCCAUUCUGCCGUGGAAAGCAUCUGAAUAUAGGAAUCACAUUAAUAAGGCCAAUAACAUGGGCUUUGCCACUUCACUUCCCACGUCACCUUGCCUCCCAAGUGAUUAUACAGCUGAGACACACAAGCGUGCACACAGGCGCGCACACACACACACCCUGUGUUUCUGCCGAAAAUGGCAUUCAAGGAGGCUUACACAGAUCUUAGAAAUGACAACCAUAAACGUCACAGGAUGAAUCAGUAUAAUAAAUAGCAGAUAACAAGCAGUUUGAAACCAGGUCUAAAACUAAGAAAGGGAAGGAGAAAGGAAGAGAACAGUAAACACACAGCCUGAAAAAGCAAAUUAAAAAUAAAAAUGGGCAACAGAAUCAGCCACGUUACCACUUCAACUUCUGUAGCCAUAAACAGAUCUUCAAGUUUAUAUUAUAUAUACUCACUGGCAAGAGAACAUCUACUACUAUAAGACUGUAUUUUUACAAACCCUCUAAAUAUUAUAGUGUCUGAAAUGUGCAAAAUAUGUUGGUAAUUGAAUUGGAAUUUUUGGCCA